AUGGGAUCCUACUCUGAUGGAGUUCCCUUGCGCAUGCGGCUUGAUGGCUACGAGAUUGACGUGCUAGAGGCGGAAGACAUUGAGGAGCAGCCCAUGCGUGACCUUUGGGUUCGUUCGGUGGAGUUCCUGGACAAGGUGCUCCGUGAAGGUGGUUGUGUGGCGGUGCACUGUGCCCAGGGCGUAAGCCGGUCAGCGAGCACGUGCCUCGCGUACCUGAUGAUUCGGGAGGGUUUGUCCCUGGAAGCCGCCUUCCGCCGUGUCUUCACUGCCAGGGACUUCAUCCGUCCCAACCCGGGCUUCUGGCAGCAACUUCGAGACCUCGAGACUUCUCUCUUCGGGAAGUCCGCUGGAGUGAGCAACGAUCAGGAUGCCGCCGGGCAGGCACUGCUGCGCCUGGACGAGGAGCUGAGGUCUGUGCAGAUUGGCCACUUGGUCCAGAAAGAGACCGUUGCCGAUCUGCGACGUCCCAACGGACGCUAG